ACUGGAAGCCAGGCGCGAGCGCGGUUCAAAUCCCUGUCGUUUCUUUUGUUACUGCUUUGUGCUUUUAUUUAUUUAUUUAGUCUUUCUUGCAAGCGGAUAAGGAGCGCGCAGAGUUAUGAAGCCAGCUUUUCCAAGCGGAGCCUGAACGCGUCUUUGCUCUACUUUAUUCUGGCACACUUUAACUGAGGAUGCUUUCAUACAUUGUGGAUGUGUGAUUGUGUAGAACUGGAGAACUACUUCACCGGAUUUUCGAGUGCAUCAUCAGAGGAACCAGCAGGACUGGAGUUUGGGGGAUUCGGAGCCGCUGGAAACCUCCCUGCAGGUGACGCAGCAGACGUACCCGACCAGGAAGCUUCUCGGUAGAGUUUCUCCAGUUUCUGCUCAUUCCCCCUCAAAUGGAUCUGGGGACGUGGGCCUCGGCAGGUUCUGGUUCCUGUGAUGGUUGCUGGGAGGAUCAGAGUGGCUGUUGGUGAGGUCUCCAGCAGGUGCAAAAUGCCAGGAUGCCCAUCACUCAGGACAACGCCCUCAGCAUCCUCCUGCUGCUGGAGGACUGGCACAGGGCCCAGACCAUGAGGUCUCAGCAGAACGAGGGCGUGGCCCGGGACGGCCUCAGCUGCAAGGAUGAAGACCACCAGAACGGAGAUGGGGACAGCAUGUGCAGCGGCGGCGGCGGCAGCAGCAUGUGCAACGGCGGCGACGACAGCAGCAUGUGCAGCGGUAACGGCGGUGGCGGCAGCAGCAGCAUGUGCAGCGGCGGUGGCGGCAGCAGCAGCAUGUGCAGCGGUAGCGGCGGUGGCGGCAGCAGCAGCAUGUGCAGCGGUGGCGGCAGCAGCGGCGGCGGCGGUCUCCAUCUGGAGGACUUGGCCCUGUGUCUUGCCGCCACGCACAAGCUUGUGGAGUACAUCAACUUCAACUUCUUGGAGAACGAUGCGGUUCCGCCGAGCAGCCCGUCUGCCAGCAGGGAGGGGUUAGACGUGGAGAUUCACGCCGUCUCCCUCAGGAAAGAGGAGGGGGACGGCGCUGCUGACUUUGGCCUCAGCUUUGGUAACAUUCCUAUUUUUGGGGAUCCUGAAGUGAGAAGGAAGGGCGGUCAACGGAAGAGGAAGCACCAGGGCCCCAUCAUGGAUGUGGGCUGCAUCUGGGUGACGGAGGUGAGGAAGAGGAGCCCGGCCGCCGCCUGCAGGCGCAUCAAACUGAGAGACGAGCUGCUGUCGCUGAACGGGCAGCUGAUGGUGGGCGUGGACGUAGGUGGAGCCAGUUACCUGGCUGACCAGUGCUGGAACGGGGGCUGCAUCUACCUGAUCCUCCUACGGCGAGUCAAGCGAAAGGCUCCGCCCCCUCCCUGUGAUGUCAGCGAAGGUGUUCCUUCCAUCCAGAGCUCUGCUUCCAGCUCGGACCUGUGUGGGAAUCAGCAGGACGGCCAGCAGGAUCGACUGCAGGACCGGCAGCAGGACCGGCUGCAGGACCGGCAGCAGACCACACAGGCUGCAAACUCCAAUCGCACACGCAAGUUUGGUGUCAUAUCUCGCUUGUCCUUCACCAAGGACGACAGGGACGGCUCUGACCUGGGAGGCGGGAGCUGCUCCAGCAGCUGCAGCUCUCCUCUCAGGGCUGAUGCUGAAGCUGCUCCUCCAGGGCUGAACUCAGACUGCGUCCUAGAGUCUGCUGACGGAAGCCCCCACUGCUUCCCUGUCCAUCUGCACGGUGAUGGAGCGGCCACUCUGCCCGUCAGGAGUCACAGCCAGCUGCUGGAUUUCAAAAUGAAUUCCUUCUCCGGUGAAUCAUCGAGCCCGCCCAGAGAGGGCAGCCACAUCUGGAAGAUGCACAUGGUGAAGGGCCAGGAGGGCCUGGGCAUGCACAUCACGGGGGGCCGCGGCUCCAAGCGCUCUCCUCACGGCAUCAUCAUCGCUCACGUGGAGAAGGGAGGAGCCAUUUCCAGAGAUGGACGUCUCCGUCCAGGUGACGAGUUGCUGAUGAUUAACGGUCGGUCUCUGGUGGGCCUCACUCACCAGGAGGCUGUUUGUAUCCUCCGGGCUACGAGCGGCCUGGUGCAGCUGGUGGUGUCCAGCAGGGAGGAGUCGGAGGUGGAUUUCGACCACUCGUCCUCCACCAGUCUCCCAGACCUCGUCAGCACCUGCCGGUCCUUCCCCCCCCUGGAUGAGACCACCCCCCUGUUCUUCUCUCAGACCUCCGACAGCAGCAGCAGACUCCACAACCCCCCCCAGCUGAGUGACGUGGAGGAGCAGAGAGAGUGUGCGGUGGAGGAACCCAGAUCCAGCUGCAGCCCCGUUCCCAUGAAGCUGUGCAGCCCGUCCCAAGGUCCAGGUCCAGGUCCAGGUGGAAGCAGCCGCCUGGAGUCCGUAGGGGAGGACGAUGAGCUGUUUGUGGACACCAGCGUCAAUAGCAGUGACACGGCAGAGAAGCCUCCGAGCAGCCGGCGUAAACACUCCUUACCCCAGCAGCUGGAUCCUGCUGGAGGCAGACAGGAUUACCAGGUGAUUAAGAAGGCGGCUCGCUCCCUGAGCACGGUUCAAGUGGAGUCUCCAUGGCGACUGGCACAGCCGUCCAUUAUCUCCAGUAUCGUGCUGAUGAAAGGCCAGGGAAAGGGUCUCGGCUUCAGCAUUGUCGGUGGGCAGGAUUCUGCACGUGGACAGAUGGGCAUUUUUGUCAAAACUAUUUUCCCUCACGGAGCUGCAGCGGCUGACGGACGACUGAAGGAAGGAGAUGAGAUUCUGGAGGUAAACGGAGAGUCUCUCCAAGGACUCACGCACCAGCAGGCCAUCCAGACCUUCAAGCAACUAAAAAAAGGUGUAGUGACCCUGACGAUCCGCACGCGUCUGCGCAGCCCCAGCCUGACGCCGUGUCCCACUCCCACCCUGCCCAGUCGCUCCAGCUCCCCUCACUCCAACACCAGUGGGGGCACGCCCGUCCCCCCCGGCCUGGAGGAGGCCGAGGGCCGACGGGGCCCCGGCCUGGGCCCCAAAGACUGCAUCAUCAUGGAGGUCACACUUCACAAAGAGCCCGGCGUCGGCCUGGGGAUCGGAGUGUGCUGUCUGACCCUGGACAACUCUCCUCCCGGCAUCUACGUCCACAGCUUAGCUCUGGGAUCCGUGGCUAAGAUGGACGGCAGGCUCAGCCGUGGAGACCAGGUCCUGGAGGUGGACUCGGUCAGCCUUCGCCACGCGGCGCUCAGCGAGGCCUACGCCGUCCUCAGUGAAUGUGGACCGGGAGCAGUGGGCCUCAUCAUCAGCAGACACCCCAACCCCAAGGUUUCAGAACAAGAGAUGGAUCACGUCAUCGCUCGAUCAACAAACAAGGACAAGAUGAGCAGGAACAGACACUCGUCUUACUUCCAAGGCGUGUCCUGUAAGAGCCCCCAGCCCGGCGGGAAGGACCUGCAGGGAGACGCGUCCCCGUCCCUCAGCUGGACCCUCAAGAGGUUCCUGGAACCGGCCAGUAGAGGCUCACUGAGCUCUGAGGCGGAGUUGUCUCAGUAUUUCUCCGCGGACGGUUCCAACCUGUCCUUCCAGUCCGGGUCCCGUCUGCAGAGCUCGUCCAGCGACGAGCUGCACCAGCAGGACGGCUCAUCACACCCACACGCCAUCGGCCGUUCCCUGACCCUUGAGAGUGGACCCAGGACCCGUGAGGAGGCAGUUUGCCGGACCCCGACCGCCUCCAGUCCCGCUGGGGCCCGUAGCCCACUCCUCCGCCAGCGCCAGGCCAUGUGCUCAGAGGAUGAGCUCAGCGACCACGACCACUCGGAUCAGGCUGAAAACACGGAGGUUCUGUCCCGGCCGCAGAAUUCCAGACUUGAUGAUCCCGCUCCAGGUUCCCCCCAGACCCUGUCCGGUUCCUCGUCGAGAGGAAGAGCUCAGAGGAGUGCUGCGGGGCUGAAACCUUACCCGCUCCGGGAGACGGGGGAGGCCAGUGGUCCUGAUGGCGUUUACACAACUGACAGCGUGACCUUGAGGAGAAGUGAGGAGGAGUCGUUUGGUCUGGACCUGGAGAUUCUGUCAUCCCCUCUAAAGGUCCUGGUUUCUGGGUUAAAGCCCGGCGCACUGGACUCCGCUGGUAGACUCUGUCCUGGGGAUGAGAUUGUCAAAAUUGGGGAUAAACUAGUGCGCUCUUCCAGCUAUCAGGAAGUUUGUGAGCUCAUGAAAAAUCUUCCAGCGACCCUGUCGCUAGAGUUCAAGAGACCAGUUCCAGCUGUAGGACAACGGUCAGGUUUGAUGAUGUCAUCAGGGAGCAGUGGUGGACUUCCCCCAGCCAAACCUGAACAGGGGACUUUUGAAACAAUAAGCUCAAAUGCAGGGAAUUCCCAUGACGAAAACCCAACCAACCCUGACUUUCAAACGCCCACCCCCCACAUAGAUGAUUUUUUAACAGAAGUGAGCUUCUGUUGCGACGCAGACACCAAGACGCCUCUCCAAACACAACCUAACGAGUCUACAUCCUCCUGCACGGGACAACACACUGGAACCCUUGCAGAGGAAGCGGUCGUCGGUGCUGGAGUCCAGCCCAGACCUCUCAACUUGUCCACCCUGGAUACAAGAGCUGAAAAUGGUCCGGAAUGUCCUGAGGCCGGUUCUGAAACUCCCAAAAAAUAUGGAGGUGGUUUGAAGAAUGAUGGUAUCAUUGAUAAAGGUUCAGUGGUGGAGAAGAGGAGCAAUGGUGGUCUUCAUGAGUCAGUUGAGGAGCAACCGGAGUCCUGUUCCAGUGAUCCCCAGCAACCCUUUACCAAUGGGCAUUCCCAUUUAGACCAGUCCGCCAACAGGGCUUCACCUUUUCAACAUGUAGGGAAUGAAAGUCGUGUUCUGGAUCAAGCUUCCUCUGCUGCCAAAGACAGCUCUGCUGUAACAACCAUAUACUCUCAGCUUUCCCCGUUAGGAGUUUCCUCUACACAGUCACCGUCCCGGUCUCCUAACAGGACAAUGUCUGUAGCAGCUAAACACAACCCCAUUAGCUGUGCCAGAGUUGACGCUUUUCUCGCAGCCGGCCACAAGAGCCUAAGCAUCUACAGGACCCCCUUGGAACCAGAAACGAACGCUAUCGCUGCAAGCAAGCAUGCAGAUGCUUCACUGAAUACACAAAUUCCUUCAGUGGAGUCAGAUUCUUGUAUCAGAUCAGAUGGAGAAAUGUCAGCAUCAGUUAAAAACCAACUAAAUGAGUGCACAGCUAAUUCAAGCCCUGAUGCUGGGUCAUUACAUAAGAAGAGUCCAGGCAGUCCAGCAUGGAGAAAUAAAGUUCAACUUCAGGUUGAAAGUGGUCCUCCAAAAUUGAGGGUAUUAAGUGUUAAGACUAAGAACAAGCCGCAGGAGGAGCCUCACCAAAAAAUGUGUAGGGAUCAAAGUUCAGUUCCUUCAGAUGCAAAUGCUGCCAUCAGAAACUCAACAAAACCCAAACCAGUGGCAACUGUGACCAGUUUUCUGAAUGCCAGCACCCAGCCUGAUGCAAACGCCUGCCGUGGAGCGCUCCGAGGAAAUGAGAGACAGCAAAUGCCAGGCGAGUGUGGCCGUUCCAGUGGCGCGGUACACCCUGUACAUGUGCCCAAACAGAACAGUUUCCAUGCAGAUUCCAAAUCAACACCCAAGUCACGGAGUGAGUCAAGCCCGCCUGUUACGCAGAGAACAUUUAUAGAGCUUCAGCUGUCUUCCUCAUCUGGUUUAUCGCCAGCGUUGAAGAACAGCGAAACGGUUUCAAAGGACACCAAAGAGCCUGAAAUCAGAGCAGUUGCAAGAAGAACUUCAAUGCUUUCUCUCACCAGCUCUGAAGCAGAGAGAACAAACACCACGGCAGCCAAUGUGGUAUUUAAUUCACUGCAUUCUACUCAAGCAGGUCAUGCAUCUCCAACCGUCUCAAAGUUUGGCCCCACCGUGGAAGGAUGCGAGACCCUCAAGUCCGGUUCUCCAAAACUGUACAUAAAGGCUAUGGAAAGGCGAAGCCUAUCCGCAAACAUUGCUUUUUCCGCGGACUGCAAUCCCUUCUCGGUUCGUAACAAAAUAAAGUCCUUUGAGAGCCUAGCUAGCUUUGACAAGCCCACGGCUAAAAGCAGUGAUGCUCAGUCUUUUGCUUUAGCUUUCACAGCUUCACUCAACCAGAGGAUUGCAGGUUACAUGGGCUCGGUGAAUUCUGUAGACUGCCGUGGCAAAUCAAAGAGCAUGUGCUUUUACGAAGGAUGUCCUACCGUAGCCCCGCCAUGCUCACCUGUCAUUGGUAAAUGCACUCCAGCCAGAGAUCAAAUAACCUCUGAGGGAGCCACGCCUCAAAGUCUUCCGGUGCUGCGAAGGAAACAUGGCCGACUUCCUGCCGGCAGGUUGCGGCAGCUCAGGGCCCUCAGUAUGCCUGAAUUAGAAAAACUGUGCACAGGAGAAUUCCCCAAAGGACACGAGACAUCUCCAAGUGAAAUGGACGACGGUGUCCGCCCGACUACUCCUGCAAAGGCCAGAGAGGCUGACUGUGUUGCAGCGUCUACUGGGCCAACAAGUGAAUCUACUGAGGAGGCUGAGGAGAGCCCGGAGGCCGCCCAGCCCGGCUGGUCCAUCAGGUUAAAGGACUUGGCUUCGUCCGUUGGGUCUCAGGGUAAACUGCAGGCGCUGCUGUCCUCCCUGACGGUGCAGUCGUGCGUGACGAGCCUCCUGGAUGAAACCAGGACCCUCUCAGAGGGUGAAGACGACGCCCUGCUCGUUGUCCUGAGCACGGGCGAGAGCUCGGGGCUCAGCUUCAGCGUUGCUGGUGGAGUCGACCUGGAGCAGAAGAAAGUGGAUGUGCACCGGGUCUUCACCAGAGGAGCAGCGGGCAUGGAAGGCACCAUCCAAAGAGGAGACAGCAUUCUGUUCAUAAAUGGGAGCAGGCUGGAGGGUAAAACCCAUGGAGAAGUGGUGUCCUGCCUCCAUGAAGCCAGGACGUCCAAGCAAGCCGUCCUGGUCAUUUGUAGAAACAAGGACAGUCAGCUCUCCGCUCUUCAGGCAAGAAUGUUUCCUAUGAGGACAACAUCUCCGGAGACGGAAGCAGACCCCGUCGUACCUGCCUGUAGAGCAGCAACACCUCCUUGUAUUUCACUGAGUUUUCCACGGCUGUUUACAGGAAGAGACGGUGCUUUGACUGUGGAGCUUUAUAAGACGUCAGGCGGCCUGGGCUUCAGUCUGGAGGGAGGAAACGCUUCAAGUCAUCCAGGUGCACCGCUCACUGUCAAACGCAUCUUUACAGGAGGCGCUGCAGAGCUGUCUGGCCUUGUUGAAGUCGGGGACGAGGUCUUAUCUUUCAACGGCCGCUCUCUUCAGGGCCUCACACCCCACGCUGCCUGGAAAAUACUACAAGCUGCUGCUGAAGGCCCCAACCUUCUCCUCGUACGUAAGCCAAGUCAGCCCGCUGCUGUAGAUGAAGAAAAGACAAAUUCUGGAGAAGCUCCACAAUAAAAGAGCCCUGCAAACCAGGACAGCAGCCCAGGAUGACAAACAUUUACCCAUUUUUUAAAUUUAAUUUAAUUUUUGUAUGAGCGUCAGUGAUGUGAUGUUGUGCUUUGUCUUGUUACAUCCAUUUAUACUAAAUAUCUCAAAUGGGAUGGACAGCUGACCAGUGUGGAUACUAAGCUGAAUCAUGAUUUAUUUUACAUUGGUACUUGGUUUGUGUACAUUUAUUUUGUGAGAAUAAAUAAUACAUCAUGGUUGUCAGGUUUUCCUUUAUACA